AUGAGCCCUUCAGACGCUGAGACUUUCCAGCAGCUGCGUGCGCAGCAGCGCAUGUGCAGCGAGAAGAAGUACAAGUUGCAGGCGCUGUUUAAUCCUCUACACGACUACCCUUGCUUUUCGCACACUAUUCUGAAGAAGGAGUCCCCAAUUGAAACGGGGGUCAAAGAGCUGGUCUUUUACCUUGCCUUGUGCUGCUGCGGUUUGACGCAGUUUCCUCCCGGGGACAUGUGGCUGGUUUGCUGCUGGUUGCUCCUGCUACUGCUGGGGGGGUUGUACGGCCUGCUGCAGCUGCUGCCCCUUUGCACUUCCAGACACAAGAGACUACGCGAAUGGCAGCGCCAUAUCAGCGUCAAAGGAGGGUCAAGCUCUCCCCAGGUGUUGCUCCUCAUGUCUUCUCUGCUAGCACACCUCGUCCUGGCUGCAGGUCUUUGCCUUUUCACGGCAGCCCCCCAGUAUGCAUCCUUCGGCAACCAAACGUUUGUCCCGCAAAACGGGUCAGAUGCCAUAACAUGCUCGCUGCAUGCAGCAGCAGCGGGCACCUCGUGUCGCCUGACCGUGUUUGCUGCUGCUCUUUCCCGGGUGGCCUUCGUUGGGGUCCUGCUAUGCUUGAUAUAUGUAGCUGCUUGCCGGCGAGCGGUGCCCUCCCACGCGGCCGCGUGGGACUCUCAGCAGCAGCGAAUGACAGCAGGAGCAGCAGCAAGAGCAGCAGCAGGUGACCUAGACGACUUGGCGGUGGUAGAUGAAUCCGCUCGGCUGAUAGGUGUGUAA